UGCAACUCCAUGAAAAACCUCCACUACGAGCACUCACGCAUACACGCACACAUUAUACAGACUGAUAUCCCCUCCCCUUGUGUGCGAUUUCAAAGAUUUUAGACAUGGCACCUGUGGAAAGUUCCCAGGAGUCCGCCCACGACAACAAUGACCAUCUUGUGAAAUCCGACGACAGCCAACACCCCGCAAAUCUCAUCCCCGAGCUCUGCAGGAAGUUCUGGACCUUGGGAUGGGUUACUGGCACUGGUGGAGGAACAAGUAUUCGAGACAAUGAUCUCGUCUACCUUGCUCCCUCUGGCGUCCAGAAAGAGCUCAUGAAACCCGAAGAUAUUUACGUCCUUGAACUCUCCAAACAGACAGAUCCCAAGAAGCGCGUCUACCUGCGCUCCCCGCCAACUCUCAAACCAUCACAGUGCACCCCGCUAUUUAUUGCAGCUUUCACGAAGCGCAAUGCUGGAUGUUGCAUUCAUACCCAUUCACAAUGGGCUGUCCUCGUAACCCUUCUCCUCGAAUCUCGGCCCCUGAAUACCAACGUCUUUGAGAUAAACAACAUUGAGCAGAUUAAGGGGUUUGGGAAGGGAUACCAGAAGCUGGGGAAUUUGGGCUAUCACGAUACAUUGAGAAUUCCCGUGAUUGAGAACACUCCACACGAGGAAGAUCUCACAGAGAGCUUGGAAGAAGCUAUGGAUAAAUACCCUGACACAUACGCGGUGCUUGUAAGACGGCAUGGUGUCUACGUCUGGGGAGAGACAGUGCACAAGGCGAAAACGCAAUGUGAAAGCCUUGAUUAUCUUUUCCAAUUAGCGAUUGAGAUGAAGAAGCUUGGGAUCCCCUGGUUGAGCGAUAUUCCCUGAUCACAGGGGCACUUGUCUCAUCUCAUGGGUACCCAUUACUUUGACUAGGAGAGGAGAGCGGAUCGAUCCAUGGUGAGGACGGUAUCAAUACCAAGAGCUUCUUUUGGCAUCUUGUGUCAUUUAUAUUGUUAUUUCCAUGUGCUUCAUACCCAGAAUAUUCCGGUUCUCCCACAAUGCUCUCACAAUACACCGAGGCUUGCAUGGACGCUUCCUCAAUAUGAAGGCAGUUUAGCUCUCUGUUACACUGUAAAUGCUCGCCUCUGGCUUAUUACGAUUCCAAACGUCC